GAGUAGAGCGAGCAGCAGGCUCACUACGAGAUCAAGUGUGGGUGUGUGUAUUUGUAUGUGAGAGACGGCAAUGGAGAGACCCACUGUGUUGUAAAGCCAACAGGGUAGUUUCUUGUUUUAGCAGGGGAAAAGUGUGAAGAGGAGGUGAGAGUUUUGGAGGAAAAGAAAACAGAGAAUCUUCUUUUUAUCUUCUGACGGGUAAAGAGCUGGAAAAGCAAACAUUAAUGACCUGACAAAAUACUACAUUGCUUCACGGUGUUGAUCAGCCAGGCAUAACGUGGAGCUGAACUCGGACACCUUUACACCCGAGCUCCCACCACCCGCUGCCCUCCACUCACUGAUGAGCAUCUCUCCAGCUGCAGGCGGACUCGGGGGGCCACACUGACACAGCCAGAAGUCUGGAGGAUAGAAGUGGACACUUGCCCCUUUGUGGCAACUAGUUUUCCCUGGAUAAUUCCCUCCUUUUAACGUGACGGCUGAGUUCUGGUUUUGUGCUGGCCCCUUCAAACAUCCUCCUUCCUCUAGGAGCAAAGAUGAGCUGCAGGAAACGGUGCAAACGUGAGAUCUUCAAAUUCGCACAGUACCUGUUCAGACUUAUCACAGGCACGCUCAACACCGACAGCGUUGAAGAUGAGCUGGAACUCUCUGCAGUCCGUCAUCGCCCCGAGGGCCUGGAGCAGCUCGAGGCUCAGACACGAUUCUCCCGGAAGGAGCUCCAGAUCCUUUACCGCGGCUUCAAGAAUGAGUGUCCAAGUGGCGUCGUCAAUGAAGAAACCUUUAAAGAUAUCUACGCACAGUUUUUUCCACAAGGAGAUGCUUCGACGUAUGCACAUUUCCUGUUCAACGCGUUUGACACGGAUCACAAUGGCUCUGUGAGCUUUGAGGAUUUUGUUAUGGGGCUUUCGAUCCUGCUGAGAGGCACAGUGCAGGAAAAGCUCAUUUGGGCUUUCAACCUUUAUGACAUCAAUAAAGAUGGAUACAUCACUAAAGAGGAAAUGCUGGACAUCAUGAAGGCUAUCUACGACAUGAUGGGAAAAUGCACAUAUCCCGUCCUGAAAGAGGAGACGCCUCGUCAGCAUGUAGAAGUAUUCUUCCAGAAGAUGGAUAAAAAUAAAGAUGGCGUGGUAACCAUAGACGAGUUCAUUGACUGUUGCCAAAAUGAUGAAAACAUCAUGCGAUCGAUGCAUCUCUUUGAAAACGUUCUCUAACUUUUGGCCGCCAGCCGGAGCUUUGGAGAGGAACAUCAUCUUUCGCAUGGCCCAGUUACUGACUUGGACUCAUACUGUGUACAGUGUGCUAUGCAGACUUUUGACCAUAGAUAAAAUCUUGUUCAUUAUUACUGUUGGGCCAGAAGUAGAAAUAGGCAGCAUGUUGGGAACACUCUGGAAUUCAUCUUUUGUUUUAAUAUAUCAAAAUGGGGUUCAAAUUGAUAUUUAAAAAUGUGGUAAAGUAAAAUCACAUAAAAUUCUAAUUUUCCGCCUUGUUUUAUUUACUGUCAAGUGAAAUCACUGUGACUCACGGAUUUAGGAAUAUUGAACAACCUGCUCUAAGUUUCAGAGUGUUCUUACCUGACUUAGACGAGUGUGGUCUGUGAUUUUACUCUUACUUUAGAGAGGGAAAAAAAAACAAGUUGUACCAUUUUAAGAUGUACAUUCAAAGAUAUGACAUUAGAUGAGUGGUCUAUUUGAAAAUAUCUCAAUUCUGCUCAUGUUUACUUGCCAACUAGACAACACAAAGAUUGUAUUGAUGUCAAAAUUGGACCAUAACUUAAGGACAGGGGUACAGACGUGGACAAAUUUGUUGGUACUCCUGGUAAAGAUGUAUAUAAAGCCUUAAAACAAAUUAUUCUCUUAUUGCAGUAGCACAAUCCCACAGCCGAAAAUGUUUGCAAAAUAGAGCCUUUAACAGGACUAUGUUGAUUCCAAGAAUGCCAUAAAACAUUCACACUCUAAAGAUCCUAUUCCUCAUUUUCCUUUUUUUGGCUAUCUACUGUUUGUACAAAACGCCCAGCUGUUUUAAGAUUUUUCAGCUGUUUAGCUUUUAUACCUUUUAAAAUGUGAAACUCUUCUUAAACAAGAAAUCCUAUUAUGAUGAGCGAAUCACACUUUCAAAUUAUUUAAACAGCUUUGAUGUUUCUGAAUGAGUUUGUAAUCUCUAAUUUAAGUGUUUAGCAUGCACUUUUGACUAGACUAGAUGGUUACUGUUUGCAAAGUGAUCAUUUCUUCAAAUUUCCCAGUCAGGCAUAGUUACCCAUGUAAAGUAACAGACUUGAUCUCCCUGCUCCUGAGCAACAAGUAGGGUUGCCUGCUGAACCACAGAAUGACUCCAUCUACAUAAAAACAUCAGAAAACUUAUUCAAUGCACAACUGACGGAUUAAAAACAAUAGAUUUUUUAGUGUACUCGUCCGCCCUCUUUCUAAUGCUCUCCUGAGCAAAGGCCCAUAAUGACCAUAUCAAAAACUGCCACUGAUGCUAUAUUUUGUGUUUUCAGUAUAUCACUCAUUUUAAAUCUCACAUUCUUGCAAUUCAAAUAGUUCGAGAUGCUUUAGACUCUAACGACAUUCCAAGUCCGGUGGAAAACAAAAAUGCCCCCAGCAUCACAGAACCUCCACUGUGCCUAAAGAGGUGAUUUUUUUUUUUUUUCCCCCAGAUAUUCAUCUUGAGCUGCACACUAGAACCACCUGGAGUGGUUUUUGCUAAAAAAUAAAAAAUAAAGAAGGUUAGACUCAUCCAGUCAAAGUGCACAUUUCCAGUUAAAACCCCUGUAGAGUUUAACAAACACCAUCUUUACAUCUCUGAUGGUAAGACAAGCAUGCUAUCUGUAUAGCAUUCAUGGUUAUAGAGAUUUGGUGACUUGGUUUUUGCUCCAACUGUACAUAUGGGCAGGUUUAGGUGAAUAGUUUUUUCUUGUAACUACAUCAGGUCUUAUGAAGUCAUUCCCAUGUUGAAGAGCAGCUAAUAUGUCACGCCAUAUUUAUACCUAAGGAGGUAUAAUACUCUUCUGUUACAAAUUAAAAACUAGAAACUCAGUUUAACUUUAACUGCAAAGUUGCUAAGAUCAAAUUUUUAAGAGAUUCUUUUGCCAAUUUGAAAAUCAUCACAAGGAAUCCAAACCUUCAUUUCAGGACAUUUCUACAGAAUUUCCAGAUUGCAAAUGAAAGAAAUCUGCAUAUUUACAGGUCUUUUGGAUAUCUUUACUGGAGGUUGCAGCAAAUUUAUUUGCAUCUGUAGCAAGAUUUUACCACCAUUGUCAUGCGAGAUGACAGCAACUUUAUAAAAAUGAAAUGGGAGGAUAAGCUGCUUCUGAUGUAUUUUUUGACAUGAUGUAUGUAAAUUUCUUGUAAAGCAUCAACAUGUUUUUAUUUGAUUUUUACUCUUCUACUCAUGUAGAGGAGUUCUCGGCAGCGUCGUCUCCAGGUCAUGGUCACUGUAUAAAACAAUUGUCAGCUGUACAGUAUUAAAUGAAAACUUGCUCUCUGAGGAA